AUGGAUCAAACUUCGAUGCCUGGCGCGUUCCCGAGCGCUGAUGAUGACCCUCCGGUGCCUGCCCAGCGUGCGCCCAAGAAGAAGUUCAUCGGGCGGAAGACGUUGGAAGCCCAGGGCAAGCUGAAGGUCGGCGAUGGCACAUCAGUUGAAGAUCCGACAGCGAUAGUACCAAGCAGUAAACACACGUCGCCUCGAGCGCUGAAUCAAAUCCCUGCCUCGAUUCUCGACGACGCAGACAUCAACGCGGCCAUUGCCUUACUGCCGGCGAACUACUCGUUCGAGAUCCACAAGACCAUUCAUCGCAUACGGACGCUCGAAGCAAAGCGAGUCGCCCUGCAAAUGCCUGAAGGCUUACUGUUAUUCGCCACCACCAUAUCAGACAUCCUCACCCAGUUCUGCCCCGGCACAGAGACCCUCAUCAUGGGCGAUGUGACCUAUGGCGCCUGCUGUAUCGAUGACUACACUGCACGGGCACUCAAUUGCGACCUGUUGGUCCACUAUGCCCACAGCUGCUUGAUCCCGCUGUCGGCUUCAAAGAUUGCCACUCUGUACAUCUUCGUGGACAUCAGCAUUGACACAGAUCAUUUGAUCAAGACGCUGGUCCGCAAUAUCUCGCCAGGUAAGACCAUUGCCAUGGUGGGCACAGUCCAAUUCAAUGCCACGCUGCAUAACAUUGCACCACUGAGCAAAGGUGAGGUCUUGGGCUGUACAGCGCCGAAGCUGGACGCCAAUGCAAACGUUGAUCUCAUUCUCUACCUUGGUGAUGGACGCUUUCAUCUUGAGGCUGCUAUGAUUGCUAACCCCAACUUGCCUGCGUACCGUUAUGAUCCAUACUCACGCAAGUUGACAAGAGAAAGCUACUCACAUGACGAGAUGCUGGACAUGCGAUCGUCUGCCAUUGCCACGGCGAAGAAGGCAAAGAAAUGGGGCUUGAUUCUGGGAGCACUGGGUCGGCAGGGAAAUUCAAACACACUCAACAUGAUCGAGACGUAUUUGCAGCAAAAAGGGAUUCCAUUCAUCAAUCUGCUCUUGUCUGAAAUCUAUCCGGGAAAGCUGGCCAUGUUCGAGGACGUCGACUGCUGGGUUCAGGUGGCAUGUCCAAGACUGAGUAUAGACUGGGGCUAUGCGUUUCCACGGCCUCUAUUGACACCAUAUGAGGCUUUGGUCGUGCUGGGAAGCCAGACUCAUUGGGAUGAAGGCGAUGGCGUCUAUCCGGUGGAUUAUUAUGCGAACAAUGGGCUUGGAAGAACCACCGAGAAGGUUGCCAAAAUGGUCAGGGCCACAGCAUGA